AUGAUGGUCUCUUACCACCAGCAGAUGAUACAGUAAUAACAUGUGUCUGUGGAAUUCUCCAGCUCCACCCAUGUGAAGACCUCUCAGACAACCAGGAUGGUGGGAGAGGAAGUAGUGACAAGGAAGAUGUCCGGCACAGUGUCAUUCUUGCAAACCUGGAGUUCCAACCCAGCCUGGGGAAGUGUCCCUGAGUAUGAGAAACCUUGUCCCACCAUCUCUCCUGAGGAUAUGCCUCUCUCGAAUAAUGCAGUGUUCAGAGCCCUGGUGCAGGAAAACCUCAAACCUUCCGUGUCCUGGAAGAGGGAAGGGGGAAUCUCUAAGACCUUCUAUAACAAAAUCCACAAGGAACAAAUGCUAAAGAUGAAGCUGGACACCGAGGAGCUGACGUCAGAUGAUUCAGACAACAGCAGGUGCAUUGAAAGCAAUGAGCACACAGAUGUCAUUACACCAUCCCUGCUGGUAACAGAGGGUCAAGAAAAACUAAAUCAAGAAGCUGUGAAAAAAAGAUGGGGGAGGAGGGCAGUCCCUGCCCAGGAUGAGGUCUCCUCCCUCUCCAGCUGUGGCAAGAGAAAGAUGCUGGAGAUUUUGACAGAGGUACCCAAGAAGGACUUUGCAAAGGUCUCUAUGGACCUGACUUGGGAGAGCGUUAAAAAAGCUUGGAUUCUGAAGCCGCUAGAAGACAUAGAGACCAAGGUUGAUACCACCACAGUCUUCGACUGUAUUGAGCUGAAGGACCCCAAUACUGAGAUGAUAUGGGUCAAGGACACUGAGCCUUGCAGGACCCGGUACUCCAUGAGCAGGUACAAGUGUGAGCAGGUGAGCACCAAGUGCAUGCUGGUCAUUACCAACAUAAGGGUGAGCGAUGCCACUGUGUUUGAGAUCCGCCACUCCGAGAAAGAGAUUGGUGUGUGAAUGUUCAACAAGAAGGAGCUGCCGAGGAGUGACGAAUAUGAGCUGAAACCAUCUGAGGGUGGCCUGACCUCCACACUUCAGAUCAAAGACGCCAGACUCAGCAACAGUGGCACGUUCUCUGACCAAGCAGGAACAUGGUACAGAGGCUCAUCGCAAUAUCAGGCUGUGAAUGGUUCAGUGAGAGCUGGAGGGGUGGAAUUCGUGCCAUGGCAGCCCUCAUGUGUCCGUCCAUCCAUCCAUCUCCUCUUGGCAAGGCUCUGUGAUGGGUACUAUCUCCUUCCAUUGAUGCAUCCAUCUGGAAACACUAGCUGUCCUGCAACCAUGAAAGUGGGCUACAUGGAUCACAUUAAGGUGCCCUUACUAGCAAGGCUAUUGUCCAAAGUGACCUGGUAAGAUGGUGUGUAGGUGACCAAAGAGGAGCAUGUGUCCGUGGAGCACACAGAAGACCAGCAUCUACUCACCAUCUACAACUGCCAUAAAGACAGCAGCUUAGUCCUGCUCAAGCUCAAGAACAACAGUCACACAGAAACUCUCCUGUGCACCUCAAGGUUACCCAUAGCACCACCUUGCCUUGCCACUCAGCCUCAAGUGAUUGAUGUGACCAGGGAAUUGGUGACCAUCACAUAGAAUGUCCCUGUCCAGGAUGGGGCAGCAGUGCUUGGCUACUUUGUCCAGUGGAGAAAGAAAGGCAACAAUCUGUGAAUGCCAGUCAAUAAUGACCCUGUUUAGGGGACAGAGUGUACUGUGGAUGGGGACACAGAAUGUAAACUCCGAGUUAUAGCUGUGUAUAAGGCCACUCGAGAACAUUCCAGCCUACCAACCAGUUCAGUGGUGGCCGAGGAUCCUGUGAAAACUCCAGGCCUGGUACAGGGCCAAAAUAUGACUGAUUCCUCUAACUCAAGCAUCUCCCUUGGCUGGUGUGAGCCUGGAGGGGACCCACCAUCCAGCUACAUCCUUGAGAUGGGAGCUGAAGGCAGCAAUGAGUGGAGCAAGUGCAUGGAUGAGCUUAUCUCUAAUACCUGCCGCACAGCGGGAAUCCUUACCAGGAGGCAGAAGCAUUUCUUCCAUAGCCAAGCUGUCAGUGAGGCUGGAGUUGGAGACCCUGUUUCUGCAGACAGACCUCCUGCAAUCCUGCGGCUGUUUGAAGAGGCUCCCAACACAAUGACUUUGACCUGGAACCAUAAUCCUGAUGUCCAGGAAGAUGGUGAUGCCCACUAUGUCACCUAAAGAGGAAUAAAGGGAGCCCCCACCUGGUUCACUGCAGCUAAGUGUGUCUUCAGCAGCAAGUGCAUGGUGACUGGCAAGAAAUGCUCCUGCAGACUGGAGGCUCCAAAUGAACAGAUGGGUGAGAGGGACCCACUGCACGCCAAGGAUACCUGGCUUGUCAAUAAGGACCAGCGUGAAUACCAGACUGGAGGCUUGCUCAGGAAGUCCUCAUAUGAGGACCUGAGCCCCAAGCUGAAAUCCUAUCAGCAGGGCUGGCACAAUGCACCCUGCUUUCUGAUCCAUGGUGGUGGCCAGAACUACACCAUGACAGGCACCUUCCUUGGGAACCCAUGGCUCAUGGUGACUAUCUACAAGGGUGAUGUCAACAUCUCUGUCAAUUCUAAGUUCUGGCACCUUUCCAGCAGUGUAUGCACCCUGGUCGUCCCUACCUGA